AACGUCAAUCGUGUCGCUUUUAAAGAGCAAAAUGAAACUGGAUAUAAAGAAAAGGGUAAACAUAUCUGCAUGAAUGUUUCAUAACCCAUUAAGUAUCCUAGAAAGAGUCAGAGCGAGAACGACGAAGUGGACUUUGGCAUCAGAGAUGAAUUCGAUGAAAGCGGGCUGAAAUCUAUUCUUAAACCGGAUGAUCAGCUGCAACUUAGUGAACAGGAAUUGAAAGAAGAAAUUACCAGAGUUUUGACUGCUAACAAUCCUCAUGCCCCCCAAAAUAUUGUGCGGUACAAUUUCAAGGAAUGUCAAUACCGUGCAAUACCCCAAGUUGAUCAGACAACAGUACAUUUUUGGCUGGAAAGUCACAUGAUUCCAAAGGACUCUGAUAAAGGUCGACGACAGUUAGCAAGGGAUGGCUAUGCCAUAGAGGAUUUUGAAACUGAUGUCAGCGCAAAUAAGCAUCUAACCUUGUAUGCUUUAGGAAGCUAAAGAUCCGCUGAUGGCAGAUUACGUUUCCUCAGUUCAGAAGAAGAAGUUGAUUAACCAGUUUAACUUUAGUGAAAGAUCUACACAAACAUACAACAACCCACACAGAGACAAAGGGAGUAUAACAGAGCCACCACCCAGAGCAACGUUUUCGGCGAAUGUAACGCAAUGGAGUAUAUUUGAUGAUUACGCGUCAGACUAUGAGAAACAGCAGGAAAAAAGUAGGGAGAAGAAACCUCCAGGAACCGGGGUAAAAUCCGAACACAGAUUCAAAAAGAAGUUGAUUCACGGUGAUAUACAAUCAGAUGAUCUGAGUCGUUUUGCGCAGCCAAUCAAAAUUGUUGAACGUAUGGUCAACCAAAAUACACAUGACGAGAUUGCACAAGAUUUCGCCUACUACGAAGACCCAUCCGACGAAUUUCGAGAACAAAACGGAACCCUUCUUCCUCUGUGGAUGUUCACUUUCGAAAAAGCAAAGAAGUUGGCAGUAACCGCCCUGUGCUGGUCCCCAAAGUACAGCGAUUUGUUUGCAGUGGGUCAUGGAUCGUAUGAUUUUCUGAAACAAUCUAAUGGCCUAAUCUGCUUCUAUACGCUGAAGAACCCGGAAUAUCCUGAAUAUAUUUUUGAAACAGAGUCAGGAGUUUUAUCGCUUGACUUGCAUCCGGAUCUUCCCCAUAUGCUUUGUGUUGGCUUCUACGAUGGCGCGGUUGGAGUGUACAACAUUAAUCAACGUAAAUCUGGACCAUUGUACUUGAGCACAGCCAAGACGGGAAAGCACACAGAUCCAGUGUGGGAGGUACGCUGGCAACCAAAGGACUUAGAUGCCAACUUGAAUUUUUUCUCCGUCAGUGCAGAUGGGCGCGUGACCUCGUGGACACUGGUGAAGGAGGGUGUUGGUUCCAUACACGAAUGCCCAAACGACAUGGGUCAUUUUGACGCUCUGGUCCUGAAAAUGGUAACCAGUGGAAAUGAAACAUCGGAACCCUUGCAGCUGAUCACUCUCGAUUGUGGUACAGCAUUUGACUUUCAUCGGACGCAGCCACAUUUGUUUCUGGUGGCCACUGAAGAGGGUAUGGUGUACAAAUGCAGCAAGGCAUACAGUUCGCAGUACCUGGGACGCUAUGAAGCUCAUCACAUGGCAGUGUAUCGUGUCGCCUGGAAUUGCUAUCAUCCGAACAUAUUUAUCACAUGUUCAGCCGACUGGACAGUGAAAAUUUGGGAUCAUAACAAAACCGAACCUGUCUUCAUGUUCGAUCUCGGGUCACCAGUCGGUGACGUCGCUUGGGCCCCCUACUCGUCUACCGUGUUCGCCGCAGUGACUACUGAUGGACGAGUGCACGUUUACGAUCUAGCAGUUAACAAGUACGAUCCGCUAUGUAAUCAGUUGGUGCUUGCAAAGAAAAAGGCAAAACUCACCCAUCUGGCUUUCAAUCCCAAGUACAGCAUAAUCAUUGUUGGAGACGAUCGGGGCCAAGUGACGAGUCUGAAACUGUCCCCGAACUUGCGAAAGAAGCCGAAGGAAAAGAAAGGAAUGGAUCAACCGAAAGGUCCGGAGUUGGAAAUCAAAAAAUUGGAGAAGAUUCUCAGCCUUGUAAGAUGACUCAUACUGUGAUCGUAAAGGCACAACAGACAUGUAACGAAAAUCGCCCGUCUAAGCAUACAAACGUUUGUAAUUUGUGGAAGAGGUUAUGUCUGUUCAUUCUCCGAGUACGUGGCAAAUGGGUAAACAAGAGAAACCGUUUCCUGUAUGAUCUAACCGUACAGUCAAAAAGCAUACUACGCGAUUUCUAUCCGUUGACAAAGUCAACCAAGGUUGACACAUCUGUUAAAUUGCACUUUCCAAGCUAUUUCAUCGUUCAUAGCCAAAUGAUCUUUACUUUCCCGUUUGCGAGCAGGUAAGUUCUUUGUCUCACAUGUUCUUUACUUAUUUGUGCCCGAUCGCUCCGGGUGGAUAUGGCAUAGAAAACAAACAACUUACAGUCU